UAUUUGCACAAUUGCUUGAAAGACCUUUGUUCCCAAAACCCUUCAGCUCGGUUACUGUCCUGCAUGCAUACAAAUCACUGUGCAGCUGAGAUAUUCAACUGAAACAUUUCCUAAAGUGUUGCUGAAAAUAUCCUGGUGUGAUGACCACCUUCGAUGAUCUUUUGCAGGAAGUUGGAGAGUUUGGUAUUUACCAAAAAACAGUUUUCUUUCUAAUAUGUGUAGCGACAGCAAUAUUCUCCUACUUGUACGUUGGAAUUGUUUUUCUAAGUGUUACCCCCAACCACUGGUGCAGGAGCCCUGGAGUGGCUGAGUUGAGGAAUAAGUGUGGCUGGUCGCUUGAAGAAGAAUGGAACUACACGCUGCCCCCUGACCGUGUUGGCAGAUCCUCGUACAGUCGUUGUGAGAGAUACGAUAUUGAAUGGAACGCCACUUCCAUCAGCUGUGAAAAUCCACUCUCAUUUUUCCAAAAUGGUUCAGCAGGACUGCCGCUUACAACAUGUGAUGAUGGUUGGGUUUUUGAAGAUGGUUCGUUCCCGAGCAUUGUGACAGAGUUCGGACUUGUGUGUUCUGAGGCUUGGAAGGUGGACCUGUCCCAGGCUUGCUUAAACCUGGGAUUUAUGUUUGGAACAAUAGUCCUGGGUUUUGGAGCAGACACAUAUGGCAGAAAAUGUUGCUUCUUGUUUUCCGUAUUUGCCACCUCAGUUGCAGGACUUGCAGUUGCAUUUGCAUCAAAUUACAUCUGGUUCACCAUCUUCCGCACUCUGCAAGGAUUGCUCAGCAAGGGGGGCUGGCUGAGUGCCUAUGUCUUAAUUACAGAACUUGUUGGAAUGGAGUACAGGAGGACAGUGGGGAUCGUGAACCAGAUGUGCUUCAGCUUCGGGAUGAUACUACUUGCUGCUGUUGCUCAUCUUAUCCCGGCCUGGAGAAGCCUGCAAUUGACGGCCACCAUACCAAACUUCUGCUUCCUGAUCUAUUAUUGGUUCAUGCCAGAAUCUCCAAGGUGGUUAUUAUCUCGAAAGAAAAAGGAGGAAGCCAUGAAAGUUCUACAGAAGAUGGCAAAAAAGAACAAGCACACUUUCUCAACGAAUAUUGAGACAGUUCAAAUUGAGGAUUGUGACAUAGAGUUGAAGGACCCCUCCGUUAUAGACCUGGUUAAAACACCACAGAUAAGGAAGCAUACUCUUAUUCUGAUGUUCAACUGGUUUGCGAGUGCUCUGGUGUACCUUGGGCUUGUCAUGCGCUUGGGAAUUAUGGGAGGAAACAUUUACAUCAAUUUCUUCAUCUCAGGUGUUGUGGAAAUACCGGCAGCUAUCAUCAUUAUUCUGCUUAUUGAUCGAGUUGGACGUCGCUUUCCUUUUGCAGCAGGCAACUUUCUGGCAGGGGCAUCCUGCCUGAUAACUGCCAUCAUACCCAAUGCAAAUCUACAUUGGCUGAAAGCAAUAAUCUCAUCUUUGGGCAAGCUAGGAAUUACAGUAGCCUUUUUAAUGGUCUGUUUUGUAAAUACCGAAUUAUAUCCAACAUUUUUAAGAAACUUUGCUGUUUCAGUGUGCUCAACACUGUGUGACAUUGGGGGAAUAGUAGCACCAUUCAUUCUGUAUAGGUUGGCAGCUUUCUGGGUAGAAAUGCCGCUUGUGGUUUUUGGGGUGAUUGCUUUGAUUGCUGGUGUGCUAGUCUUGCUUUUACCUGAAACCAUGGGGGUGACCUUGCCAGAGACCAUUGAAGAGGCAGAAAACAUUGGACGAGAGAAGAAAACAGUCCCAAAGGCAAAUUAUGAGCUGGUUGCUCUACAUUCUUCAGUAGAAGCAAGUAACAACAGGAAACCUGCUCCAGAGAAGAUUAUCACCUCUUGA